AGGGCGGGGCCCGCCGAGCUUCUGGGGGCGGGGUGAUGGCCGGAAGUCCUACGGUGUCACCUCCGGGGCUUCCUUGCUGCGUCUUGUCGUUGGGCCCCGCCACAAGAUGGCGGACCUGUCUCUGGACGAGCUCAUACGGAAACGCGGCGUGACGGUGAAGGGGAGACUUAACACAAGGCCAGUGUUUGGAGGUGUAAGAUCUCGCACUGGAAUCCAGCAAAAUCUUCUAAAUAGAUCAUCAUCAGCUGUCAGCUUCCAGAGGACAUUUGAUGCCCGACAGAAGAUUGGACUCACUGAUGCCCGACACAAACUGGGGGUUAAAGAUGCCCGUGAAAAACUAGUUCAAAAGGACGCUCGGUUCAAAAUCAAAGGGAAGGUGCAGGAUGCUCGAGAGAUGUUGAAUUCCCGUAAGCAGCAAAGUGUUGCUGCCGAAAAGGUGACCAAAGUGGUGGAUGCCAGAGAGAAGAUCAGCUUAAAAAGGAGCGUUCCAGCUGCUGUGAGCCCAGCUAUGGGGACAGUAAAUCUAGCCAUGAAAAUCACCAAAACAAUCCAACAGAAGGCACCAGUUCCUGGACACUCUCAUCCAGCAGGAAUGAGGAUCAAUGUGGUGAACAACCACACACACAAACAGGGUCUGUAUGACAUGGAAGAUGAUGAUGAGAGUGUCUCUCCCCUUCCUAGCAAACAGAUGAAAAUCACCACCACAAACAGUUUCCUGAACAAUUCGACUGGUGUGAGCGGCAAUAAAUUCUCUCUGUCCAAGACUGUUCCCCUGACUAAAGUGGUCCAAAAUGAUACGUACACAGCUCCACCUGCACCUCCCUCUCCUAUGCGGACGAAGGCCUUGACAAACAUGUCUCGGACCUUAGUGACAAAGGAAGAGCCUCCAAAAGAGCCGGCACCUGUUGAGCUGGCAUUCAGUCCUUUGGAAGGCACAAAGAUGACCGUAAAUAAUCUGCAUCCUCGAGUCACAGAGGAAGACAUUGUUGAGUUAUUCUGCGUGUGUGGCGCUCUGAAGCGAGCCCGGCUGGUGCACCCUGGAGUGGCUGAGGUAGUAUUUGUGAAGAAAGAAGAUGCUAUCGCAGCAUAUAAGAAGUACAACAACAGGUGCUUAGAUGGUCAGCCAAUGAAAUGCAAUCUUCAUAUGAAUGGGAAUGUCAUCACCUCAGACCAGUCUAUAUUGCUCCGAUUGAGCGAUACCCCUUCAGUGAAGAAGGAAGGGGAACCACGCCGGUCAAGUGCAAGCACCUCCUCAAAUCCCCCAGCUGAAGUGGACCCUGACACUAUCUUGAAGGCACUCUUCAAAUCCUCAGGGGUCUCUGCCUCUGUGCAGCCCACAGAAUUUAAAAUUAAACUCUGAGAAGCAGGAGCAAGCAGUGGACUGGAAAACUCAUAUAAGUUGGGGGGUGGGGAAAGUGCAGGAGUGCAGAUGUUAUUUGCAUUUGCCUGCCUUGAAAUUUUUUGUUUUCUAUGAUCGCUACUUUACUGUAUGAUAGUGUUUCCUCUUGUGUGUGUACUUUCUGUUUUCAUAGUUGGAGUUUUCUUCCAUGUUUUUUUUCUCCAAACGAAUAACUUCCCCCUUCUGCCAGUAAUGUAUUACCAAGCAUAUACCAUGUAACUCCAUCCUUUACUCCAAAGCCUCCAGUGGCCAUUAAAAGUGCACAUAGACUUUGAGGGAAGGAGUGGUGAUCUCCUCCUCUUUUCUUCUGACUGACCUUUAACUGAAAGGUGCAUCCCCUUGAUUGUCCACAGGCAAGAACACCACGUUGUUUCUGAAGUUGCUGCACUGGGUACAAAGUCAGGUUGGGCUCCGUACAGGAAGCACCAUCUUGCAUCUUUGAUUUGUAUGCAUUUGGUGGCAUACCACUUCAUUCUGGCUGUUGGACAUGUUCCUGCUCAGCAGCUGAGACGUUGAGAAGAAGUGUGAAAAACCAAGCUUCCUGUUGUGUAUGCCAGCCAACAGAGGCCUUGGGCAGAAAGGACAUAUGCACAAGUGCACCAGCCAUUGUGCUGUGGGAAGGGAGCUUUCAACUCUGGUAGUGCUGUGGGGUUGUACUGGCAUUUUUACAAUGAAUAUAUUUGCUCUGUAAGGUCAGGUUCUGUUACUCUCCUCUUUCUGGACUGAAAAAUUAAGAACCAGUUGUGUUCAGAGCUAGAAGAAAUGCAGAUAUUUCUCUCCCAUUAGACUGUAUUGCAUCCUCCUGCUGAUGCAGGGACAUUAAUUUUGUUCUUACCUUCUAACUCACCCAGUCUCCUAUAAAAAGGGAGGACAUGGGACCCUUUACCCCUGAAGCAGUCUUAUUUUUUGUCUGAGAACUUGCUUCUUUGAGAGAUGCCACUUGGGCAGUGUUUGGCUGCUCUGUGGGCAUGCUGCUGACAUACCUGGAUUUGAAGGAUGAUUGCUGCAGUUAUGGCUUCAGAGAGAGGUUUUGGAGCAGAGAGCAGUUAGCACUCUGUAAGGAACACAGGAGAGGAGUGUCAAGUCCUGUGCAGAACCGUGAGGAUGUGCUAUGGGCCAGUAAGUGUCUGUGACAGGCCACCAGGUGGCACUUCCAGUGCUUCCCAUCCUUUGUACGGCAUUGUUGCCUUGGAUGUUGAAAGUACCAAUAGCUUCACUUAUUUGUGUUUGUUCAGAUUGUGUAAGAGAGGGAAGCUGAGAGCAUUUUCCAGAAUCUGGUUGGGAUUUGAACUUGAAUCCUGCUAGCUAGGAGACUAACCUAAUCCAUUCUGUUCAGCUCUGCUGAGUACCUCUCAUAGGUCCAAGUUCCUUUUCUUGGUCAACUCUUAUGUUUCUUUUGCUUUCUUGUUCUGUAUGAACUCUUUGCUCUAUCUGGCUCAUGCAAACUAUUCCUCUCUCUCACCCUUUUAGCCAUGGAAAUAACUGAGGACUUGGCAGGACUUGUUUUUAUGGAAGACUCUUUUUGGUUAGAAAGCCAAGAACACCAUUAUUGGUAGGGUGCUUCAUGUGAACAGCAGAUGUUUGUAGGGGAGGAGACCUAAGACAGCUAUUGUUCUCCUUUUUUAGAUUGCCCACCAAAUACGUGUUUUAAUAAAAAAAAAAAGGGGGGGGAAGGGGGAGGAAACAUUAGGGGUUGGGGAAGAUAAUGUAUUACCUGUUUCUGAAUAAACGUUUGUUAUAAAGAGGGUGAAUUCUAAGCCUUUUUAGAUGCUGUGAAGCAACUAAAGAUAAGUGGAGUUGUUCCAACAGUGAGCUAAGGAUGUUUUUUAGAUGAACAGAAAUUUCAAAACUGAUAAUGCGACAAAGAGCAAGAGGAGCAUAUGGGUGAGAGAACUGAUACUCAUCUGCCUUUUAAUCUGGAUCAUAGAAAUUAGCAGUUGACUCUUACUACUAAGUCCGGGCUGUUUGUGUCCAUCUAAUUCCAAUUCUCUUGUCACAAUAAAAAAGAGCAUUUGUUAUUGAC